CGGAUGGCAAACCCAAGACACGCAAGCAGGUGAUGGAGGAGAUCAUCGCCAAGAGCCGCAUGUACCGGGCGCUGAAGGCGCAGCAGCGCGAGGAGGACGAGGCGGCGCUGGAGGCCAUCAACGCGGAGUUCCGGGAGCUGGUGCGCUCGGCGGCACUGGCGCGGCACAUCAAGCCGCCGGGGGCGGACAAGGGCCUCAAGGUGAAGGCGGACAACCCCGAUGACGCCGCCUACGAUGUGGCCACUCGGGAGCUGGCGUUCGAGGCCAAGGGCGCGGCGGGCGACCGCACCCUCACGCCCGAGGAGCUGCUGGAGCGCGAGCGGCAGCGGCUGGAGAAGCUGGAGAAGGAGCGGCUGAAGCG